AUGGUCGAGUCUAACGAGCAUACCGAGAACAAGCUACCGAACAGAGACAGUGAAGGCCUCAUUCCUGUCGAAGCACCUCCACACUCAGGCAUUAGUCCCGUGAGCCCGCCCGACUCAGAAAUCAUCCAUCCAGCUUCAUCCGUUGGUACAGGUCCCCUGGUAUCAGCGGUCUCGGAGAAGCCUCCAUUGCACGGCGACUACGAUGCGCCAACCCCCAUCUACCCCGACGAACCAGCUAAAUCAUACCAGGGACAACAUCAACCCGAUCAAUCAAAUGGCGCACUGGCUGGCCAGUAUCCGGUGAACUCGCCAUCUGAUUCCAAGGCAUACCCUGGUCAACCGAGUCCGCAUCCUCAACAGCCGGGCAUGUACUAUACACCCUAUGGUCACCCGAGCGGAUAUGCUACAGCCACGCCCUUGCAUUCGCUUCUAUCAGCACCAUGUCCGGUGGACUGCCCCUGCUGUGGAAAGCGAGAGAUGACGAGGACUGAGGCGGUUAGUGGCGGGACGACACAUGGUUGGGCUGCUAUUCUUUGCUGCUGUUGCUGUCUUGGGUGCAUUCCUUACUUGAUGUCUUCACUCAAGGAUGUCGACCACUACUGCGGCGCGUGUAAUGCCAAAAUCGCGAUUUGGCACAAUAGUGGCCGUAUUGAGGUGUUGCAGAACGGACAGAGGAAUUAA